GCCACUGUCGAUUUUAUGUUAUCGAUUAUUCUUAAAUAGUUAUUGCUAUUAAUUCUUGUGAUUUGUUUAUUGUUUGUCAAAUUUUGUAAAAGGGAGAAUGAAAAACUAUUACUGGCGAAAAAGGCGCGGUGAAGAAGAGUGCACUGAAAGAAGAUAAGGAAUUCAUCUUUUAUAUCUUUGUGUUAACAAAGAUACACAAAAGUUAUUAUAUUCUUUUAAAAAAUUUACAGGCGCUAAGUUUUCAUACCAAAAUGAAUUUUAAUACUCAAAUAUAAAACACCAAUCUGGAAACCCUAACGAGUUUUGUAUUUGGUGUUCAAAAUCCAGUGGAAUCUUGGCGUCCGGGAAAUCCCAAUAACAUUUUAAAAUUCAUUUUGAUACACCAUUUGAGUACGUCCAAAGUCUCAUCUCGGUAUCAGCGAAUCAAAUCGUUAACCUAACCUCAAACCUUGGAAGAAGGAGCAUCAUCAACUGGCUAAAAAACCGUAAGUCCUAAAUAAUGGCUACAUCUUCCUUACAGGGUCAACCACAAAACCAACAAAAAGAGCAACCCAUAAAUACACUACAAACUUGCCCAACAUGUAACAAACCAACACGCUCAUGCUGUAUUAGUUGCAGCAAAUGCCACAAACUCUUUCACUUCGAGUGUGCUCGUGUCACCAAUAUUUUGCAAAUAUAUACCUGCUCAUCAUGUUCUCAAAGUUCUAGCCCAGCAAGUCCCACUCACUCUGUACGCAGUCAUUUAAGCAUUUCUUCCGAUAAAUCACUGAACCGCAGACAAAACUUGCUACUACAACGCCUUGAGGAAGAAAAACAGCUUGCGAUUGAACGAGACCGCGAAUUUUUGAAUCGAAAAUACCAAAUAUUAGAACAAUUCGCAGACCACAGCGACAACGAAAGUUCCCUGGUAGAUUCUGUUAGUGAGUGGCUAAAUACUCAGCCUGCAGCAUAUUCCAACGACACCACACAAGAUUUGUUUGCCAACCACUUCGAUGAAAAUACUUACCAUAAUUUACCAACUGCUAGCUCUAAUGCUGCGUUUAUAGACAAUUACAAUCCGUCAUUAACAAUUACUAACAGCGGCCAUCAGACAGUAACACGACACCAACCAGAUAUAGCCCAUAAUAUGUCGAGCAACACAGCUCGGCCCGCCUUCACAUCUACACUCAACAAUAAUGCAACAUUUAUUAAUAAGCCUUCAUCCCAAAGUUCUCUUUUCCCCGCGAAUUUGCGUGAUAGCGUUCCACCAUCAUUUUUAAAUACACCACAAAAUCUCUCCAGCACUGAUCUCACGUACCAGCAAAUAAAUGCCAGACAGACGGUUCCAAAAGAUUUGCCAGCGUUUGGAGGAAACCCAACAGAAUGGCCUUUGUUUAGUUCCACCUACGAUUGGUCUACGGCAGUCUGCGGCUUAACAGAUGCUGAAAAUUUGGUUCGUCUCCAAAAGGCACUUCGCGGUGAUGCUCUCCAAGCCGUACAGCAUAUAUUGAUUCACCCCUCUUGCGUUGCAACGGCCAUGGCAACAUUAAAGCUUUUGUAUGGACAGCCAGAAAAAAUUCUGCAUUCGCUAAAAAUGAAAAUCCGUAGUUUACCGCCUAUUAAUGCAAAUAAACUGGACACUAUUACCUCAUUCGCAGUGCAAGUGAAAGGCCUUCAAGCGACUAUUGAAGCGUGUGAUCUUUUAGAUGAAUUGAAUAACUCUUCCCUUUUGCAGGAGUUAAUUUCCAAAUUGCCGUCUUACUUCCAAAUUAAUUGGGGAACAUUUAAAAUGAACUUAGCAAAACAAAACAAAAGAGUAAAUCUGUCAGAAUUCUCCAAUUGGAUAUUUGACAUAGGUCUCUCAGCAAGCAGCGUAAACAUUGAGAGCCUAUGUACCUCUGCUGCAGUACCUGUCAUUCAAAGCAAGCAGAGAAACGCUUAUGUUCAUACUCACGCAGAAGAGAACAGCAAUGCGUGCAUGCUAUGUGGUGGUGACUGCAGAAACAUACCUUCUUGUGAGAAAUUUAUUACAGCUGAUCGAGCCCAGAGAUGGGAGAUGGUUAGAGAGUUUCAAUUAUGCAAGCAAUGCCUUCGUAAACACUACGGCCCAUGCAACGCAAAUGUAUGUGGAAAAGAGGGGUGUCAAUAUAAACACCACUGUCUUCUUCACAAAACUCGUCAUAACGAAGGAGCAGAUAAAAACAAACAAGCAACAUCAAUGGAAUCACAAAACAAUGCAAUCGCAGAAAAUUCAACUCAUUCUUGUAACACGCACAGUGCAUCCAUUCACAAUAAUUUCUUUAAGAUUAUCCCCGUAACCAUUUAUGGUAGUGGCGAUAAGCUAUUCAAAACGUAUGCCUUUAUAGACGAGGGGUCUUCUACAAGUUUGAUUGAAGAACAAAUAAUGUAUGAUUUAAAUCUUUCAGGGUCACCCGAACCUCUUUGUUUAAAAUGGACGGGAAAUGUCGAGCGUGAAGAGCAAAACUCCAGUCGUCUUUGUAUUACCCUCGCAGGCCCCAAUCAAAAGAGGUUUAAAGCUGAUGUGAGAACAGUUAAACAUCUAUCGCUGCCUAAACAAACAGUUGACUGCGAAGCGAUUGCCCAAGCAUUUCCCUAUUUGAAAGGCAUUCCUAUUCAAGGCGAAUAAAAGAGGGAAAGGCAAAUCAACCGGUUGCAAUUUGUACUCGCUUAGGCUGGCUGUUGUGUGGCUCGUCCAAAGGGAUUUCA